AGGUCCAGGAUUCAGAUAGCUAGUCAGUUGUACCAGAACAGUCAGAACUCUCUCUCUCUCACAUUCAUAUUUACAAACUACGAAGGAACAAGAAAGAAAAAAGGACGUUUCGGGAUUCCAACCUCCAGCGUUCUGGUGGGUACAUAAUGGCAUCUGGAGGAUCAAUGGUGUCCGUUCUAUCGACAUGUCCUACCACUCUGUUGCUGUGGGUCUUAGCUGGAAUUACGGCCUGUCUCCUGCUCAAAGGGGUGAUGAGGUUGACGUGGGGGGACUCUCACCCUCCUAGUUACCCACCAUUACCCUGCCUCCCCUCCCUCCCUCUCCUGGGGAGUCUCCUGAGUCUGACGGGAGACCAGCCACCUCAUCUACGCUUCACAGAGCUGGGACACAGGUACGGCCCUCUGUAUGCCCUGUACCUGGGCCCUCAUUACACAGUGGUAGUGAAUACCUUCCGGCAUGCCAGAGAAGUGCUCCUGCAGAGAGGGAAGGAGUUCGCUGGGAGACCCAAGAUGUUGACUACAGAGCUGUUGACCCGAGGUGGAAAAGACAUAGCGUUCUCUGACUACUCUCCUCUAUGGAAGAUCCACCGCAGGCUGGUUCACAACUCCUUUACCCUGUUCGGAGAGGGGACCACCAAACUACAGCGCAUCGUACUAGAGGCAGUGGAGGAUCUAUGCUGUGAUCUCCAGGCCAACAGAGGGAAGGCUAUUGAUCCUGAGCCUCCUCUGAUGAGAGCUGUCACCAAUGUGGUGUGUACCCUGGUGUUCAGCUCCACCUACCAACCCGGUGACCCUGAGCUGACCUCUGUGAUGGAAUACAACGACGGUAUCGUCCAGACCAUCGCUAGAGGGGGGCUAGUCGACAUCUUCCCCUGGUUACGGUUUCUCCCCAACCGGACUCUGACCACGUUGAAAGAGUGUAUCGCCGUCAGGGAUCAGCUGCUCAGCAAGAAGCUAGAGGAACACAAGGUGUCGCUGAUCGGCGGGGAGCCCCGUGACCUACUGGACGCUCUGCUGCAGGGUCAGACGAGGAUCAAACAUAACCAGGGGUCAGGGGUCAGAGAUCAGGGGUUAGGAGCGGAGCAGGAAGAGGAAGAGGAAGGGAUCAGCGAUGAUCACGUCUUGAUGACCGCGGCUGAAGCAUUCGGAGCCGGAGUAGAGACCACCUCGACGACACUCCUCUGGGUCCUGGCUUUCCUCCUGCACCACCCACAGGUCCAGGAGCGUGUGCAGAAGGAGCUGGAUGAGGUGGUGGGUUGUGGGAGGAGUCCAGAUGUGUCAGACCGCCCUCACCUGCCCUAUCUGGACUCUGUCAUCAAUGAGGUCAUGAGGAUACGCCCCGUCAGCCCAGUUCUCAUACCUCACACCGCCCUGACUCACAGCAGGUAA